AUGAUCACAAAAGAUCCCUGCUGGGAGUUAUAUGUCGAUGGUUCGUCGAGCCAAAGUGGAGCAGGAGCAGGGUUAGAGAUAAGAACCCCCGAAGGGACCAGAAUCCACCAGUCAAUCCGGCUGGAGUUUCCAGUCACAAAUAAUGAAGCGGAGUAUGAGGCGCUACUAGCAGGGAUCAGAUUGGCCAAGGAACUCCAGGUCAAGUUUCCUUGUUUGGAGAGCUUUGUGUAUAAAGAACACCAAAACAAUGUGAAGGAGAUAUGGGAUGGCACGGUUCCAACAGAUGCUGUUUGUAAACUAAGGGUGUUGGAAGUGCAUAAUUGUAAUGAACUGUUAAGUGUUGCUCCAUCAAAAUUGCUUGGAAGUUUUCACGACAUAGAAGAACUUUACAUAUCUUGGUGUGACUCCUUGGAAGAGGUAUUUAAGGUUGAAGGAGGGUCAAAUGCCAAGGAAGGAAUGGUUGCAAGAGAUACAGAUAUAGAAAAAGAGUUGGAGGACAAUCAUGUGUUCCCUCAAUUGAAAUCUAUAUUCUUGGGUUAUUUGCCACAACUGAGGAUUUUUUACCGGAGGAGUUGCAUUUCUGAAUUGCCAUCCUUAAAAAAAAUGGGAAUAAAAAGUUGUCCCAAAUUGGAGAUGUUUCCUUACCGAUACCAAAACACGGAGGAAAAGGUUGCUUUUCCUGUCUUGGAGGAUUUGAGACUCUCGGAUGGAAGAAUCUUUGAAGAUAUUUGGUAUGGCCAUGUCCCAGCAGCCUCAUUUAGCAAAGUUAGAAAGCUGGAGCUGGACUGCAGUGUGCUAGUGAACAUUCAUACCCUGCUGCUACAGAGGUUUGAAGUUGUUGAAGAACUCACUCUGUUAUGGUGUGAUUCAUUACAAGUUGUCUUCAACCUUGAAGGACUUGAAGACAUCAAAAGAGGAGCAGCAGUGUUUUCUCAAAUAACAAAGUUGGACUCCUACCACAACCUAAGAUCUUUAUCAGUUCAUUAUUGCAACAGCCUGAAAUAUUUAUUCUCACUCUCAAUCGCAAGAAAUCUCACAAAUAUUGAAAAACUGAAAGUUGACCGGUGUGAUGCGAUUGAAGAAAUAGUUAAAAAUGAAGAUCAAGGUGAAGAGGAUGGUGCCAUGGAUGAAAUUGUGUUUCCCAAGUUACAGUCUGUAGAGUUAGAAGCAUUACCAAACCUCACAAGUUUUUGUUGGGCAAAUAAAGCUUUUAAAUUGCCAUCCCUACAACUUGUGCUGCUGGGAGACUGUCCCAAAAUACGGACAUUUACAUCUGGACAGAUAAGCACAAAUGUGAUAGAAUUAUGUGAAUCUAAGUGGGGGAUGAAACAAAAAGUUAGUGACCUCAAUAACCAUGUACAACAACUUCUUCAAAAAAGGAAAGGGAGUAGUACUAUGUAUAAUGAUGAUGAUGAAGGAACAAGUCUAACAAGUCUUUGGGAAAAAAUUGAACAACAUGAUGAAGAUGAUAUUAUGCUCAAGGAGUAAUGUAAGUGUUCACUUUUGGGACAGGCUGGUAGUUGUCAAUUUGGAAGUGGAAGUAAGCUCACAAACUCAACUGACUGAAGUGAAAAGGUGGCGGAUCCAAUCCUCUGGGUUCUCUCUUGCUAAUGCCAAGAAAGUUUCAUAUAUAAUUUAUUAUUUGUGCUACAAUGUGUUGGACUUUAUUUUCUUCCAUAUUCUUUUUUUUAUUUGGGUGUGAAUGAACCGUUGUCAUGUUUUGCUGAAGAUUGUUUAUCUAUGUUUGAAGUGUAUCUUUCUUCUUUCUUGUUUUCGGUAUGAAGUUAUGAUUGAAGUACCUUGAAGUGUUAGAUG